AUGUGCUGAAUUGUUCUGGGAUCAUCUGCUUCUGUUUGAAUGUCCCUGAAUCCACUCGACGCAGGAAGAAAGACGAGUUCUUUUCCUGGGGAGAUAAAAUGAGUCACGGUUCACUGAAAACCAAACGGCAGCGCUCGCUCCUGUCAUCUUCCGUCUUCGAAUGCCAAUCCUAGGUGUCAGACAUGAUAAGUCCAGGCCCGCCUCAGAGUGCUCCGCUGCAGAGACCCGGUACGGGAAGUGUGUGCCGGAGCACGGAGACUGCGGAGACGGACUGAGAGAGGCCACCUGUAAAGACCGCACCGACAAGAUCCACUGCAAGAUCCCCUGCAACUGGAAGAAGGAGAUCAGUGACUGCAAGUACAAGUUCGGGCUGUGGGGAUCCUGCGACGCCGCCACCAACACCAAGAGUCGGUCAGGAACGCUGAAGAGAGCGCUGUUCAACGCCGAGUGCCAACCUACCGUCAAGGUGUCCAAACCCUGCUCCCCCAAAGUCAAGAAAACCAGAGGGGAGAAGAAGUCAAACUAAAGGAUGAAACGAGAAGCAGAAGACGGAAGGAUUUCUACUCCUCCAGCUGAGCAACCGUCUUCCCUCCCUCGUCAAACGAAAACCGAAGGACUCCUCCAACACGCACCAACCACCUUUCCCUUUGGGCUCCCUCGACCUGUAUUCUCUAUUUACCGAUUUCUGAUUUGAUGUUCUCGUGUUGAUUUGGAUUUCAUGUGGAAAGCUUUUUCCAGUAUUCUCCCUCUAGAUAAUAAUGAUAAUUCUGUCCUCAUAGGUAAUAGUGGGUUUUAACAGAUAGUCCUAAAAGCUUUUACUGUAGCUAAAUGGAAUUAACGUCCAAGUGACGUUCUGAUCCGCUCUGAAAACUAAACUCGACGGUCCGGGACGUCUUUCACUGGACUAUGGAGAGUUUUGGUUUCAGAACGAGUUUAGAACCAUCACCUUUAAAAUAUGUAAAAAUUAGAAAGGCUUGGAUGAGUCCGUAAUGACAAAAUCUUCUAUAAAAUCUAUUUUUUGAACUAUAGAUUAUUGACGUUGCAAGAUGAGACGUGUAUAAAUGAACAAAUUAAAUACUGUACAUUGUUUUGGUGAAGAGUUUGGUCUGGUCAUUGGUGCGCACGUAACACAAACAA